AGAGUUGCUAGUUUUACAACGAACUUAUCUAACGAUAAUCGACUCUGUUGUGGUCCUUGGCGAUAUGUACUUAGCAUCGAUACAAUUAUUACAUACAGAUAACGUAGCAGAAUGAGAUUACAAUCAAUCGUAUUGGUCAUACAUAAUACACGUUUUUUAAGUGGUGAAUCGAUAACUAUGUGUGUUUGGUGACGAUAUGACAUUGGCGAAAUGGAAACGGGUGCCAAUUACUUUGAGCGGAAGUAUGGAACAAGGAGGAGAUCACGUCCUAAAGUACUGAGCAAUUACACGAAGUUUCUGAAGAACCUGCACACGGAGCAGAUCGCCAAGCUCCAUGCCAAGAACCAGCAUGAAUGCGACCUGCUGGAGGACCUCCGCACCUACACCAUCAAGCGUUCUGCCAUCGAGAAGUCCUACUCCGAGGCAUUGCUCAAGAUCUCCUCCGCGUACCUGAACAAGAAGAUACCCAACAUCCCAGACAUCAAAGUGGAUGGCGCCGAGGAAAAGUGGAACAUGUGGAACGUGUGGAGGACGGUUCUAGAGGAGAAUGAGAAACUUGCGCGUGCGCGGCUGGCAGCUGUCGAAGUGUUCCAGCAGCAGAUAGCCGACGAAGCGAAGAUGCUGCGUCAGCACAAACUCAACGUCGCCAAAAAAUGCACGGACUCACUUGCGCAGGCGCACAAGGAGCUGCAGCUGACGGUGGUCGACGUGGACAAGACCAAGAAGCUGUACUUUGAUGAGGAGCACACCGCGCAUGAUGUGCGCGACAAGGCCAAGGACAUCGAGGAGAAGUUGAAGAAGAAGAAGGGUUCCUUCUUCCAGUCCAUCACGUCGCUUCAGAAGAACAGUGCGAAGGUGUCCUCAAGACGGGACCAGCUGGAGGAGAAGUCUACUGGAGCCAGGAAUGAUUACCUUCUCAGCAUCGCAGCUGCUAAUGCACAUCAGAACCGUUAUUUUCUGGUGGAGCUCCAAAGCUGCAUGCAGAGCAUGGAGUCUUCGGUGUACGAGAAAGUGUCAGACUUCCUGACUUUGAUGGGCCGCACCGAGCUGCUGACCUGCUCAGCCACCCAGCACUCGUUCGGCAAAAUCCGCGACCAGGCCCAACAGCUCACCCGCGAGUACAAUCUCCAAUGCGUGUAUCUCUACUACCCGGUGCUCAAGCAACAUAUACAGUACGAGUUCGAACCUUGCGACAACGACCCCGUGGAAGUUGUGACCAUCGAGCACGACUCGGUGGCGCUAACCCUGGCGCAGGAGGCGCGGCGCUGGGCCACGCGCGUAGUGCGCGAGACUGCACUGGCUAGGGAGGCCACUCGCAAGUUGCAUCUCUACCAGGCCAUGAGAGAUGCCGGACAAAAGGUGGACCCUAACGACCCUAACGGGCCAGAGCUGGAGGUGAAGAUGGACGAUCUCCGGGCCAACAUCCGGCGCUCGGAGACUUCGAAGGCCAAGUACGAGGCGCGACUGGAGUGCCUGCGCACCAGCGGAGCUCCUGUGGACGAGUGGCUCAAGGAAGUAGACCUGCUAGCAGUGCAGGACACCUUGCCAAGGAGCAGCAGUCUGCUAAGUGUCAGGACCGACGCCUCUGGUGCUGCCGAUCAACCCAGUUCGGACUCGUUCUACGACAGCGACAAUACAGAAGGAGAGGCGGGCCCGUCAGGCGCCGUCGCGUCUACCAGCGGCCACCAGCGCACCACGUCCGGCUCCCAGCAUGAGGAUGACCACGACGAAGAUGUCGAUGCGGUCCUGGAAGAGGAGCGUAAGCGCAUCGAGCAGUUGACGGUGGGGUGGGACGACCCCACGCAGGUGAACUGGGGCGAGCCGGAGGCCGAGGCCAGCGCCCCGGAGACUGUGGAGCCCCCUGCCGCCCCCCUCUACAAAUGCACUGCGCUCUACUCUUACACUGCCCAAAACCCGGACGAGCUGUCAAUAAUUGAGAACGAGCAGUUGGAGGUGGUCGGCGAGGGCGACGGGGACGGGUGGCUGCGCGCGCGCAACUACCGCGGGGAGGAGGGGUACGUGCCCCACAACUACCUGGACGUGGACAGAGAACAGGUAACAACGACGUCCAGUGCCCCAGGGCUUGUGGCCCAGAUCUCCUUCUCCUCCGUGGACUACACAGUGGAGGGAGAAGACGCCGACGUGGUGCAAUCCCCGGACCAAAUCUCCGUGAUAUCAGCCCCCGUGGCCAAGCCCGAAGAGCCCAAGGUCGAGGAGCCACCGAAGCAGGAACCACCGAAGACAGAACAGCUGGAAACACUUGGAUACUGCUUCGCAUUGUACGAUUAUGAUUCUGAGGCACCUGAUGAGCUGAACUUGGAAGAGGGCCAGAUCGUCCGCAUCACGUCUCGUGACGCCCACGGAGUCGACGACGGCUGGUGGCGCGGGGAGGCAAACGGGAUCAUCGGGAACUUCCCCUCACUCAUCGUGGAGGAGUGUGACGAGAAUGGGGAGCCACUAAGCGGUGGUGAAGGCGAUUGGUCACCACCAGAGUCUGCCCCACCUGUGUUCGCCUCUCCCCCCACCUCACCCCCGGGCACGGGCUUCGAAAACGAACUGAUAUCGGACAACAACAACGACAACGUGAAGUGCGCUGCUCCCCCCGCGGACCCGCCACCGCCACCCCCCGCAGACCUCGGAGACUCCAUGGACAGCCAACCAGAUUUCAGUUUUAACUUAGAACUCACUAGGAAUCAGCACCAACAAUACGGUUUGCAGUUCAAUGAGUCGCAAGGAGAGCCUUCGAUGCCCGCCGUCACCAUUGUGGUCGAUGAGGUUGUCGGUGACAAUUUUGAUGAAGAGGAGGAGGAAGAGCUGGUAUUGCCACCGAGCAAGCCUGUGCCGCCCAAAGUUGAGCUACCGGAGUCAUCCGGGCUCGGCGUGGGCAUCGUGAUCACCGCCGCCACGCCCAUGGUGGAGGAGCCCGAGCAGCCCUUCCCGCCGCCGGAGCCCGAGCACGCAGACGACCCCGACGACGAAGAGUCUUCGCUUUCCGAGCAGACGGCGGUCUGUCUGCGCGACUCGGACGAAGGCCCCGCGGACUCCGCCCCCCACCCGGCCUCCAGCUCCACUGCGUCCGAAGGAGAGUCGACCGGCGCGUCUGUCGCCUCGGGCCCCCCCACCGCGCCCCAGUCCCCCCCGGCUGCCCCCCGUGCCGGCCGCGCCUCCAUCCCUGACGAACUCGAGCCGGCACAACUCGCGAGGCUCACUGAUUUAAAGGAAUCCAAUGCUUAAGACAUCUCUCGAGGUAAUUAAGAUCAGACGGCAUCAUAAUUUGGACUCGAUCAUUCAGGCGUCGUAUAUUCGAUAUUAAAAGCCAAUAAUGUCAAAAAGAAAAGGAGACCUGCUAACUCCGCUUGGAGUAGUGGAGGUAUCAGCGCGCGCGUGAGUUGUUCUUUGUAAGAUGUAUUGUGAACCUGAUCGUGUGAGCUCUGCUUGCCGUUGCGUUGUCGGCGUCAAAUUCAUGCAGUUGUGUAAAUUUUGUCACAACCCUGCAGCUUGAAGUACUGCACUCGAAACUUAAAUUAUGUUUCACGCGUUUAAUUAUUUUGUUUGGUUGAUUUUUGAAAUAUUCUAAUUGCCGGAACAUAAUUGACAAGGUCAUUAUGCUCCAAAGAAAGCUUAUUCACAGUUCACGACGCUAUUUUGUCCUGAAGCACAGUGUGUCGCAAGUCGCAACACACACUGCUGCGGCAUGGUCACAGGUUGAGCAAGGAAGAUAGUCGUGUAAUUUACUCUAAUAAAACAUUGCCAUAAUAAUGACGGAAAACAUCACGAGUUCAAACUGGAAAUUUGGAUGCAAAUCUGAUCGCCUCAGAUGACCGUUUCUCUGCUCUGCGACCUGUUACCCACUAAAUGCUGUAUGCUGCAUAUGCGAAUAAAUAAGGGAGAAAUAUUCUGAUUCUAAAAUAUCUAUAUUUAAUAAUAUUUUUGUCAAAAAAAUUGUGUGUACUCUUCUCAAUAACUUUUGAAUGAAUUUCAAAUCAUACAUAAACAUUAUUUGCUUGAUUUUUAAACAAAGUUGCGGUUGAAAUAUACAUGCAGGCAAAUGAAGUUCUGUAAUUUUCGAUUUUAGACUUUUAGAGAUGUUUUGACGAUUCGAAUUCCUUCAAAUAUGGCAUUCAUUCAAAUAAGGUAUGUUAUGUUUUUCUAAACUAAAGAAUCAGAAAUUUCUCCAGUGAUUAAAUAAAUUUGUUAAGAUUGUGUUAGCCCCACGGCCCUCGCCGAACCUAAUUAUAUGAAUCAAUAUCAAAUAUCUAAUUCCUAGCUAUCAAUAACUAUUUCGACCAUUUAUAUAGUACAUAUUGUGACAAAAAUUUUAUUAGUCGAUAUUAGUGAUGUUUGGGUGAAUUAUAUGACUAAAUCUAUGGAUACUAUUAAUACUUUGUUACCAAGUGACUAGAUUAUCUUUAUACCAUUUAAUGUAGGUGCCUGUGUGGUUUCUAGGUGUUCGAAUGGUGGCAAUUUAAAAUAGUUUGCUUACUAAUAAUUGAAAGGCCUCAAUAAUUACGUUGAUUCGUAUGUCUUUAUUACUUUUAUUUCUGACUAUGGAUAAAGAGAUGCAAUACUAUAGAAGGAGACUAGGCCUAUAAUGCGAUAGCAUUAGGUUGAUAAAUACUUUUAACGUUGUAUGUAAUAGUUACGAUGUAACUGUAACGUUCCAAAUAUAUCCUGGAGUGAUAGAAUUAUAAGCAUUAAAGAUAUCAAAACUAUAUUUAGGUAUAAUCUGAAUCUGAUAAAAUUUUUAUAAGCGCCUCUAAAGCAGGGCUAUAGAGUUCUAGUAGGAACUAAUUAUAACUCAUAUUACGGUAUAUUCUGCUACACAGCAAUAAGUAGCAAGAUCUAUGUUAAUUUGCUAAUAACGCUAUAAGUUAUAGCACUAUCUAGCUUUAAACAUACUAUUCUGUAGUGAUUAUAUUGUUUUAUUAUUCAAACGCCUAUUUAUCACCCAGGAUAUAUUUGGAAUUGGUUGCUAUCUUCUUAUAUAAUGUAAAGACUUGUGCUGCGCGGCGAGAAACGGUCAUAUAUGAUUAUAUAGAUGUAUUGUGUAUAUAUUUAGUAAAUAAUCUUUAUAUUAAGCGACAAACAGACAUGGCGCGCAUAUCGCGAAUCACCUGGAUGGAUACCGUGAAAGUUGUCGAGUGAUGAUUAGCGUUGUAUACUGAGAAAGUUACAUCUAGUAUUUUUGAACUUUCGAAAAAAAACUAAUUUUUUGGUCGCCUGAAAUUUACGAUCUUCCCGAAAUAGGUGUUUUGUAUCGGCAUAUCCAAUCACAUUGUAAAGCACGGUAACAAUUACGUGAUAACGGAGGUACGUACCUACUCAUUCGUAAGUUUCAGUCGGCGAUACGCCAGGAAACUUGUUGAAUUUUAUUGAAAAAAAAAAAAAAAGAUUUUGUAUUGUUCUUGUCAUUUUCAUCGCUAAUGGACACCUAGAACGCAUUCCCUUUCUGUACCUUUGAAACAAGGUAAACAGCCGAUACCGACUCGGAAAGCGCCGAAUCCAGACUUGCGUUCCGCGAUUUUCGCGUCAUGAGUCUGUAGUGCGCUUUAGAUCAUUAUUGGACACAACUUAGUACCUGUUAUCUAGGGGGCAUAAGAGUUAGAAUUUCAUGCUUGGCUUGGGAAUUAAAAUUAUUCAAUUACUUUUACUAAUUUUAUAUUAAAUAUAAUAAAUGUUACGAAUUUUCAGUCACAAAAACAACCAAGUGUACUGGAUUGCAAAAGCAUUAUAACCACGUGAAAAUGGUGAA